AUGGAUAUAUCACAUAGCAAUGGCGAGAACAAACCGAAAUUAAAGCCCGAGGACUCGAUUAUUCCAGCCAAAGUAUCGAGUGGAAAAAUUGUUUCUGGUCAAAAAAUGAACAUAUGCGUUAAUGGUUAUGAAUUGGAUAUAAGUAAGGCUAUUGAAAUGGUUUACAAGUUUGAACUAAAAUUUUAUGCAGAGAAAACUAGCACAAAAAGUUCGGGGAAAACGAAAAUGAAGGAAUUACAUCGUGGCCCUAAAAAUGAUGUGGCGCUCGUGUUAAGACAUCAUAUUUUGUGGAAAAUAUUUAUUGCACUUCUUGAACAGAAUGAAACAUUUUUCGGUCAGGAUAAAAAAAAGUUUUUCUAUGAUUGCGGGACAACAUUUUAUUCCAUUGAGAAACUUUUCGAUAGAUACGAAGGUGAACGAGAAUUUCAGUUGCAAGUGAAUACUUUAUCAUCUGAAAUUCGUGAUUUUGUGGGAAGAAAUUGUCAAAUGAUCGUUGCAAAAUUGCUGCCAUGUGAAGAAAUAUUUUUAUCUGAUACGACAGCAGUUGCCGAUUGUAUCGCAAUUCGUGAGCGGUCCUUACAGCAAUUUUUGGAAAUCGCUACAACUCAAAUGAUGUAUCACAAUUCGAAUUCGCUAAUUUUUGGCAAUAAAACGUACGAUUUACCAAGUCGUCAUAUGCAGCAGUUGACUGGAGGUAAAGUUUUAGCCUCUGGAAUGGAAAAAAGCGUCCGGUUUGUUGGUAAUGAAUGGGAAACAGCAAUUGCUAUGGUGCAAAUUGAUUCCAAAAAGGGAGCGUUCUUCAAAGAGGGGCCCAUGAUGGAAUUAAUAAAUGCUUUAAUUAAUAGAGCACCAAUGUCGGCACUCAUUAAUGAUGUACGUUUACGUCAAAAAGUAGCAAAGCAGUUGAAAGAUCUGGUUGUUCGAACUACCCAUUUGCCAAGCGGCCAGAGAACAUUUUCAAUAUUCGGAAUCACUGCUGAAAGCGCAGACAAUGUAAAGAUAAUUAUCGAGAAUCAAGAAGUUUCUGUCACUGAUUAUAUUUUGCAUAAAUAUCAGUAUCGCUUGAAAUUUGGAAUAUUGCCUUGUGCGAUUGAAAGACGUGUGAUAGGAAAAGAUGGUGGAUCUUCAGUCUUUAGUAGCUUUCAUCCUCUCGAAUUACUACACGUUAUCGGUGGUCAGCGAGUGUCUAUUAAGAAACAGAACCCUGAAUUGGUAGACGAUCUCAUAAAAAGUUGUCGUGUGCUUCCAUCUAAGCUGAAGGCAGCUAAUGAAGAACAGCGAUUGCGAGCAUUUAUUGAUGAUAGAAAUGAAUAUCUAGCACAUCUUGGCAUUAAAGUUAUCAGUACGCCAAAGGCAGCAUCAGCUACCGUAGUAUAUCCUCCUGCAAUUCUUUAUAACAAUGGAAAAAUUGAACCGGAUGGAAGUGGAAACAUGGAUUGGCGUUUAUCAGUACCGCGAUUCUCUCCAAAUCGCUUGUUCCUUCGACCAGCUAAUCCUCCCCGUCGUUGGGUCGUUUUUACCUUCAACAAUGCUACAGAUAAGAACUCAGUAGAUAGUUUCAUCCAGGCAUUCAUCAAACGAUCAAAUGAUCAUGGUAUUAAACUGACCAAUCCUUCUCGGUCGGAGCGCUACGAUAAUACGGAUAUAUCUUUUUUGAUCGAAAAAAUGAAAUUCAUGCAACAGAAUCAUGUUGAAUAUGUUCUUUUCGUAACAGGAGAAAGGCGCGAUCCAGUUCAUGAUGUGAUGAAAUUUAUCGAGCUUAGUUGCAAAAUUGUGACCCAGCAUAUUCAAAGUAAAACGCUGACGAAAGCCAUAAGUAAUCGAGGAGCUGAAAUGACACUUGAUAAUCUAAUCAUGAAAAUGAAUUUGAAACUUGGUGGACUGAAUCAUGGAUUAGUUGGAUCUCAAGUGCUUUUAAAGCAGAAUCGCCUGUCAACCGAUCCUAUGACAAAUAUAUGGUUGCGUCAUUCAAGAAUGAUCAUCGGUUUAGAUGUGUCUCAUUCAGCUCCCCAGUCGCUUUAUGAAAGGCAAGCCAAAAUUGCUCCAUCUGAACCUACCGUUGUUGGAAUGGCCUACUCUUGUGGAAGUCCUUUGCAUUUAGCCGGUGAGUAUUGGAUGCAGCAGCCGCGACUAGCGGUAUUGCAAAAUUUAAAGGAUCAUAUAGCAAAAGCAAUUAAACAUUUUAGAAACUGUAACAGCUGUUUCCCGGAGCAUGUGCUUAUUUAUCGUGGUGGUGUUUCUGAAGGGCAAUAUUUAAAGGUUAUGAUUGAAGAAGCAGCAUCCAUUCGCGCUGGUUUCGUUGAAGCAAUUGCUGGUGGACCGGAACAUAUACGGUUGACGAUAAUUACUGUUCAGACCAAUUCUAAUUAUCGUAUUGUACCAUUAAACAUACGAGGUGAAACUGCAAGUGAGCAGAAUGUACCAGCUGGUACUUUCGUUGAUGCGGAUGUUGUUCAUCCUACGCAAACUGAGUUUGUCAUGGUCGCUCAUAAAUCCAUAAUGGGAACAGCAAGACCAGUGCGAUGUACUGUAUUGGUUGAUGAUCCACCGCGAAUGUUGAUGGAUGAAUUAAAAGGUGUAACCAAUGCUCUUUGUUAUGGCCACGAAAUAGUUACUUCUCCUGUGUCUAUACCAGCUCAUCUUUAUGCUGCUAGUGAUUUGGCAAAGAGGGGACGUAAUAAUUGGAAAGUGGCCAAUGACGGAGAUUCUCAGUCAGGUGACGGUGAAGGUGGACGUUAUCGCAAUAAUGGUCACGAAAAUUUUUUCGAAGAAAUGAGCACUGAUCUCAAGCCGAGCCUUGCUUACAAAUUUUGGGCAUAG